AUGGCAAACGAGGCAAACUAUAACGCGGCCGAUAAUCAGCUGCACCACCCUAGUCCGCCAAUGGAGAAGGACUUCAGCAAUGACUAUGGCCACAGCAACAUCGGAAACGAUGUAGACAGCGAGACAGCUCUUCGAAGGAUCCGUACAGCUGGCAGCAUCUCUAUCUCACCCGAGCUCUUCGAGAAGCUUUACCUCUCUCCCCAGAACAAGGUUGCUGGUGAACUGAGAAAGACUUUCGGUAACCCUACACCGAUCGCUCUGGUUGGAUUCCUUCUUAGUUUGACGCCUGUCAGCUGCAUGUUCAUGGGAUGGCGAGGUGCCUCGAGCUCUGGCGCAUCUGAUAUUGGUGCUUACUUCUUUUUUGGUGGUCUGUUAAUGAUUCUUGGUUCCAUCGGCGAGUGGUUGAUUGGCAACACAUUCCCGUUCGUCGUCUUCGGUUCAUUCGGUGCUUUCUGGUUGACCUUUGCCGCUACCCUACAACCAUUCUACAAUGCAUACGGUGCUUACUCGCCAAACCCUGACCUCCCCGCCGAAGGUUUGGCGACUGUCGAGUUCAAUGCCAGUUUCGGCUUCUUCUUGGUCUUCAUGGGCGUGCUAUGUCUGAUAUACUUCGUCUGCUCGCUCCGAACCAACGUCGUCUUCGCCCUGAUCUUCUUCACCCUGGUUCUCGCUUUCGGCUGUCUGACCGGCGCAUACUGGAACCUUGCCCUCGGUUACGGUGCCGCUGCUGAGUCCGCCGCCCGAGCCUCCCAUCUCGCAACAGCUUCGAGGUGUAUUCUCGCUGCUGGUGCGCUCACAUUCGUCACGGACAUGUGCGGCUGGUGGAUCUUUUUCGCUAUCAUGCUCGCCUCCCUCGACUUCCCCUUCCAGAUCCCCGUCGGUGAUCUCAGCACUUUCAUCAAGGGUGCUACUGAGAGGAAGAAGGCCAAGGAGGAGAAGGAGAGAUACUCGGCAUAG